CGUCACGCCGUUUGUAAGCGGUCACGUGUCCAUCGCAGGUCUGGAUAAAUCGCUGCUCAGGAAUACACCGACGCGUCCACAACCACACUGUGAAGUAUUUUAUUGUAUUUUUUGUUGUUACUUUCAUUUGAGACGCAUUCGAAGAAAGGCAGGGAGGAAUAGACGAAAGAGCAUCAUUUGUCGUCGGCAGACACCAGUGAAGGAUUAAAAUCACGUCACGUUAUCGCCUGCUCUUCUUGAAAUUCCUCACUUUGGGAAUGGGAAAUGAUGGAGGAUAAAGCCCCUCGUGUAGCCGACUACUUUGUGGUUGCUGGCCUCACUGACUCGUCCAAGCUUUUGGAGGAGGAGCUGCACUUUGAUGAUACCAGUCCCAAAUCUGUCAAACCCAAAGCGCCCAUCACAGAUGUUGCCAUAGUGAUCCGCUCCCUGGGCGAAGAGGUGCCCCCUGGCUUCACCUGUGUCGAAACUACUCCCUCAGGCUUGUCGGCGGAGCUCAAUGGAGCCAGCCUCAGGGGCCCACAGAUAUUCCUGUGCUUUAAGCGAGGUCGAGAUAAGCCUCCGCUCACAGAUCUUGGUGUGUUGUAUGAGUGGAAAGAAAAGCUGAAGCCUGGAUGUCACAUCGUCCAAACCACGCCCUCAGGUCGUCCUGCUAACAUCAGCAGCUCAUCAUCUCAGCGCAUCUACAUCACCUACCGCCGCGCUCCGAAGAGCCAGCCUCAUACCUCAUUGGCAGUCACUGAUGUCUGCGUCAUUGUCCCCGGCAAGGGAGAGACGCCCCCUCACACUUUCUGUAAAGUGGACAGGAACCUGAACAGCAGCAUGUGGGGAUCAUCGGUCUACCUGUGUUAUAAGAAGUCUUUGGCAAAAGCAAACACUAUUGCAUGCAAAGCAGGUCUGCUGUGCAGGUACCCCGAAGAGGACCAUGAGUCUUUUCCACUGCCUGAGUCAGUGCCUAUGUUCUGCCUGCCCAUGGGGGCAACUAUUGAGUGCUGGCCUGCACACACCAAACAUGCCCUUCCUGUUUUUUCCACAUUUGUACUGACGGGGGCUUCAGGAGAAAAGGUGUACGGAGCAGCGAUCCAAUUCUAUGAGCCUUACUCAGAGGAGAAUCUCUCUAAGCAUCAGCUGUCACAGCUCGGCCUGCUCAGCUCUGAUCUCGGACCUGGCGGGACCAGGAGUGUUUACAGCAACAAGAGCAUCUGUCUCCUCUCACGAUGGCCCUUCUUCCAGUCCUUCAGGAGCUUCCUCACUUUUCUCUACCGAUACUCUAUAUCUGGACCACACGCCCUACCCAUUGAAAAACACAUCUCUCACUUCAUGCAAAAUGUGCCGUUCCCCUCUAUCCAGAGGCCACGCAUCCUCGUGCAGCUCUCUCCACAUGACAGCCUCAUACUGAGCCAACCAGUGUCCUCGCCACUUCUGCUCAGUGGUGGAAGCCUGUCUACAUUACUACUAAAUCUGGGCCCGAAAAACGCUGCCACUCUGUUGGUGUUGGCCGUCACAGAGCACAAGAUCCUGGUCCACUCCCUGCGUCCUGCAGUACUCACUAGUGUUACAGAGGCCCUUGUGUCUAUGAUUUUCCCCUUCCACUGGCCGUGCCCCUACAUCCCCCUGUGCCCCCUAGCCCUGGCGGGUGUACUCAGUGCACCAUGUCCUUUCAUUGUGGGGGUGGAUUCUCGAUAUUUUGACUUGUACGUGCCCCCAGCUGAUAUCAGCUGUGUGGAUCUGGACACCAACACUAUUUCCCAGAAAGAAGACAAGAAGGCUUUAACGUGGAAAAUAUUGCCGGGGAGAGCCUGCAAACAUCUUUUGAAUUCUCUGAAUAAACUCCAUCUGCAGCUCACAGAGGGUGGUCAUUUUAGUCAUGAAGAUGUACAAGUGGGACACGCGGUGGCUGACAGGGAGCUCAAUGGUGGGAAGAGUCUCCAAACGCUGGAGCUGGAGAUCCAGGAGGCCUUCCUGCGCUUCAUGGCAGCCAUCCUCAGAGGUUACCGCUCUUACCUGCAGCCCAUCACCCAGGCCCCCUCUGAGAAGACCACUGAUGUCACCUCCCUUUUUGACCUGCAAGGCUUCUUGAAAAGCAGAGACCGCUCCCAUCAGAGGUUUUACUCUCUCAUGACCAAGACUCAAAUGUUCAGCCGCUUCAUAGAGGAAUGCUCCUUUGUCAGUGACAAAGAUGCAAGUUUGGCUUUCUUUGACGAGUGUGCUGAUAAGCUCUUCACAGGAGCCAAGGUGGACAGUGAAAAGCCAGAAGACACCAGACUGAUAGAACUGGACGAAUCCCAUCGCAGUGAGCACACAGUUUACAUCAACCCUCCAGAGCUUCCUCCACUGCCAGAAGGAGAAGAGCAUCCUCUGUGUUACAGCUACUCUGGGUUUCCUGUUCUAAACGCUGAACUUCUAGACCCACUUGAGGGACCAAAUCCUCCAUCAUCAGGCAAUGCUUCACGCCACAGCAGCCCAGCCAGUCCAACAGCCAUCUUUAGACGCUCCAAACAGGAGAUUAAAUCUGCUCAAAAAAUGGCACAAACCUAUUCAUCCAUGCCUCAGAUGUGGUCCAAGUGUCUUCUACGCCACUGCUAUGGCUUGUGGUUCAUCUGCCUGCCUGGUUUUGUCGAUAAGUGUCCCUCGAAAGUGCGGGCACUACGCAUGGCUUAUGAUGUGCUGAGGAAGAUGCAAGACAAGAAGUUGCAGGCUCCGGAUGAGGUUUGCUACCGCGUGUUGCUGCAACUAUGUGGUCAGUACAGCCAGCCAGUCCUGGCAGUCAAGGUGCUGUUUGAGAUGAAGAAGGCUGGGAUUCAACCCAAUGCCAUCACCUAUGGCUACUACAACAAGGCGGUGUUGGAGAGCACAUGGCCCUCCACCACCAGAGGAGGUUUCUUUUUGUGGGGGAAGCUAAGAAAUGUGGUCCUGGGUGUCGGACAAUUCAAGCAAGCAGGGAAGAAACAAACAACAUCACACAGAGAAACCCAGCUAUCAGACGGUAGUGACCUUGACACAGUCAGUCAUGGUAGUUUGGACAGUGCUAAUGACUCUGCUGAGCGUACCUCCAUCGACACAGACUUCAACAAAAUGGACUCCAGUGAUGAUGGAUUUAGCACAGGUGGACAGUCAGACCAAGGCUAUGACUCCUUGUCCAAGGAGGAGGAGAAGAUGUGCUGCAAAGAGAGUGAAAGCACACCACUUGUAGAGGACAAAGGAGCAAAGCAGCACACCAAUGCUGACAGUCUGGUUCCCAGUCAAGCAUCCAGCGACUCCAUGCAAUGUGGAGCUCUGACUCCAUCAGAGAGGCCAAAGUCUUUAGACUUGUCAGUUGGAUCGGCAACUCUUAUGCUCACCGUCCCCCAGCUCAGCACCACAAAGCAGCAUCACCUUCCUGCUGACAAACUGGCCGGGUUGGAGGAGGAGAAGUCAGAGACUGACGGUGAACAGAACCCAAAGCGAAAGACUGUGAGUUGCAGCCGUGGUACAGCUGGUCGGACAGAUAUUCAAACAGGCUUUGAUCCGCUUUCGCUAAUGGAAACAACGCAAGAACAGGAUCAGGACAGUGUAAGCACACCUACAACUCGGCGUGAGUUGGCAGAAGAGAUUGAGAUGUACAUGAACAAUACAAACAGCCCUCUGAGGAGCCGCGCACCCAGUAUGGAUCUGCAGAGCCAAUCAAGUCCCUCUCUACAGUCCACCCGACCCCCUGUCCUGCUUCGCUCCAACACGCAUCUCCCGUUGCCUGUUAAAUCUCGAGAGCGGCUCAGAACAUCGCCAUCUCUCCCUCUUGGUGUGUCUAAUAAAGGCAGGGAGAGGCCUUCUUCUUUGGUGUUACCUUCAUCCCCCACUCCCUCUGCCUCCUCCUUCUCCAUGGAUUCUCUCUUCACACCCACUCUCGACAGCUUCAAGAGCAGUGUCCUCUUAGCAGGGAAGGGUGUUGCAGAGAAGGCGAGCCGCCUCUACUCCCGACUGUCCUCUCAAACAUCAUUAACACAGGACUCAAACUGUGAUCGCCUCAGUUUGUCCUCGCUCACCUCAGGAGAGGCAGACUGCUCCUCGCUUCUCGAUAACGACUCCUGUCUGGACGUAGAUGGCUUCACAUCCCCGCAGCACGUCAGCUCGGCCCGACUCAGGAGGAGCCCCGUCGCGGGUCACACCCAGCUGAGCAGCCCCACCUCCCCAGGCAGGGUGUUCCGACACAACUCAUUCUCUGGUGGUUUGGCACUUCCCUCUAGAAGUCCUUACACUCCAGAUUCCUCCCCCGACAUAAACCGCUUCCAGCCUUCUGCCAGUUACACUAUCGAGGUGAUGAUGUCCAGCUGCUCCCUUUGCAAGACAUGCGACUCUCUGGUCUAUGAGGAGGAGAUCAUGGCCGGCUGGACGGCUAACGAUUCCAACCUCAACAGCACGUGUCCCUUCUGUGGCACAGCCUUCCUGCCGUUCCUCAAUGUUGAAGUCAAAGAUUUGAGACCUCAAAGCAGAUGUUCCAAGGAGGAUACAUCUGCCUCUCUCAAUCCUGAAGGCAAAAUGUCUGGAAUAGAUUCUUCAGCUCAAGAACAGGAGGCCCAAAGGAAGGCUGAGAUGUCUACACAAGUGACAGUGCCAUACCUGAGCCCUCUGGUUCUUUGGAAGGAGCUGGAGAGCCUCCUGGUGAAUGAAGGAGACCAAGCCAUCUACUCCCCAGGGGUAGUGGACCAGCACCCCAUCGUCUUCUGGAACCUUGUAUGGUUCUUUAGGAGGCUGGAGUUGCCUAGCAACCUGCCAGCACUCAUUCUGGGCUCCCAGCACUGUCACCGUGACGAUCAGACUCUUUCGAGUGUUUCUUCAGACGACGGCAAGCAGGUUUUUGUGAGGAUUAUGUGGGACAAUCUGAAGUUGCACCGAGACAAAGUCCAGCCUUGUUACGUCCUGUGGAACACACAUUGUGCCAACUCCCUGAUUCGUUCUGGCCUGUGUGAGGAAGGCCAGCUCUUCACUGUGGAGCUCCUACAGAGUUUGGUGAGAAGCAUCAAGAAAGGUGAUGUCUAUCAGCCUAUGAGCCAAAUCAUCCAGCUGCUGGGGUCUGAGCUGGGUUUUAAAAGACAGAGGAGCCUGUACAGGGAUUUGUUAUUCCUGGCUCUGGUGUCUUUGGGGAAGAACAACAUCAAUAUCAAUGCCUUUGACCGUGAGUACAAGCUGGCCUAUGACCGCCUCACCCCCAGUCAGGUUAAACUGACACACAACUGUGACCGCCCCCCUGGAGCAGGGGUCAUGGAAUGCAGGAGGACUUUUGGGGAGCCCGGUCUGUAACGCACAUGUUAAAAUGAAAAAAAAAAAAAAAAAAAAAACUGUGUUUUUAGACUUCAGACUCAGGACCAGCUCACCUGAGCUUUUUAAAGCACAACAGGAAAAUACCGACUGCCAUGAUGACUCUCUCUUCACUGUUAGCGCUGAGAGGUGUGGAGCAGUGAGUAAAUAUGGAGGACUCUACAAGUCAACUGUUUUUACAGUUAACAUACAUUUUUUAUGACUUUGUGUUGUAAAAUGGAAGUGGAAGAAACGUGUAUUGUAACACGUUGCCUCAAUGGUCCCGGUGACCCGUGGUGAGACUGUUACCGAGUGUGUAGACCAAACCAACGGCUUUCAGACAUUCAUGUUUUUUAAAGCACUUUGACCGGAUGAGCUCCUUGCUUUGGCCCAGCAGCCAAAGAUGGAAAGAUUUAAUGUUGUGAUGUUUUAAUGUGCGGCUUUACCACGAGCAAAUACAUUCCUCGCCAUCGUCACCGUGUAUACACAUGAAGACACUAAAGUAGAUGGUACUGAUGUUAAGCAUCAAAAAGGAGCACUCAAUUCAUUUAUAUGCACAAUGUUUAUUAAUGUAUGACUUUUUUCUAUAAUGUACCAAAAGAACCCACAAGGGAGAUUAUAAUGUGAUUUAUUUACAGUUUUUAAAGCAAUACCCUUUUUAAAGUGAGAUUUAUUAUGUAACAACGUGUUAUAAGGGACCACCAAUGAUAUACAGUAGUUCCUCCGUACAGUACAGUCAUAAUCAACUAAGUCAAACUAUAGCUAUAUUCACUUGGUUCUAUUGUAACUAUUCUGUUGAUGUCGUAACACUACUGGGUAAGUAAACUUGACUUGAAAAAUGACGGUAAAGCAGGUUUGCUUGCACAAAAUCCCAAUUUUUGUGCAAGGUUUCAGGUUUGAAACUAAACAGCUCUGCCCUGCCCUGACUUCAAAUCAUAUCCAAAGGUGAUCAAACCAAGGAACAAAGUUGUGUGCUUGCUUGGAAUAAGCAUUGUUUCAUAGCAUGUACAUUAGCCUUUGACUGUAUGUACAAAAAAAAAUACUUGUGACCAAAACAUCCUUCAUCCUGUUGUCAGUUGUGACUAUGUUUGUGAUUUAUCAUUUGCUAAGAUGGACACUAAUUUGUAUGAAACUAUAUAAAAAAAAUAAAUGGAUAUGUUGUUUGCACAAUUGUUCUAUGGUGUGCAUAUUCAGUAGGUUUCAUUUCCUGCACAAAAUAACAAUCAAUUCAUCCUUAUAUUGCAAAAAUUAUUUUUGUACAAUCCCCAAAAAAAGCAGCUACUAGCACCAAAAUAUGACA